AUGCCCGCUCACAAAAACAUUCUUUGUGCAAGGUCGCCUGUGUUCGCUGCUAUGUUUUUAAGUCCAAUGAAAGAAAGUGUAACAAAUGAGGUGGAUAUCGUUGACAUCAGCCCUUCUGUUCUUCGAGAUAUGCUAACUUUCAUCUAUACCGGUAAAAGCAGGAACAUGACUGUAUCGUCUGCUGGUGAUCUCUUGUUUGUGGCUGAGAAAUACCAAAUUCAGUAUCUCAAAACUGUGUGCUGCAGUUACAUGAAAAGCAAUAUUUCUGUUGAAAAUGCGAUGAAAAUCUUUAUGCUAGGAGAUAUGUAUGAUCAGGAUCUGAAAGUCUUUGCGUUACAGUUUAUUUGUACAAAAUUCAAUGAAUUUUCGGAUUUGGAACAAUUAGAAGAUUGGAAGCUUCUGCUAAAGGAAAAACAUUCAUUGGCUGUAGAAUUGUUAAUAUCACUAAUCAAAGCUAGAGAUAAAAAGAUAAAAGGAUACAAGAAAAUACAAACAUUAAGUGUGAUGGGGUUAAUUUGA